AUGCCACACACAGCUGAAGCUGAAAGUGAUGAGAUUGUAGAAUCUAGGCUUGCGGUCUCUGAUCACAAGAUUUCUGGACCAGGUAUGUUACUGGACCCGACGCUGGCCGCUCCUACGCUGACCUCCGCGCUCCUAGAUAACAGCAACAGAGCACAUCUAGAACUCGGAAUCACAUUAGCCCUUUUUCUCUGGCCAUCACUCACUCUCGCUGUUUCGGCUGCAUGGGGUGGCCCCGAUUCCGCAUCAAAGCGUGAAUGGUUCGCUUCAGAGACAAUUGAUCUCGUUGCUGCCAACCCUGACGCUGAUGUUGAAUGGAUUGAAGAAUUUUUGUUAAAUGUUAUGCUAGAUGAAUUUGAAGUGAAUGUCGAUGAUGACAGUGCUCAUGAAGUUGCUCAGACGAUUUUGCGCUUAAUUAAGGAUUGUGGGAACGGAAACUGGGCUGAGGUCUUAACAAUGAAGGCGAGAUGGGAUUCAAGGGAGACAGGUAGAAAUAUCGAACUUUCUAGCUAUGUCAAGGCCGAAGAUGAUGAUGGCGAAAUAAGUGGAAGCGACGAUGAAGAAAUCUCGGAUAGUGCUAUGGAUAUUGAUAAUGGCGUGGCUCCGCAACUCAUGCAUAGGAAGGAGUCUGCCAAGCCAGAGAAUCGCGAGAAUUCACAUAUUGAAUCAAGUCUAUGUUCUUUGUACGGAAUAACGGCAGAAAAUUAA